GGGUAGAAAAUCUCUUAGAGGAGUUACGGAUGGUAAGAAAUGAAGUUUCUGCUUUGCGAGCCAAGGCAGCAGAAUACAAAGCAUCAACCGUUGCGAGCAAGGCAUUCCCAGUGGGCAGUUCAAAAAAGAUCAUGAUAUUAGUUGAGUGCAUGGAUGAUAUUGACGCUGAUUCACUGAAAAGUGCGGCUGAAUAUCUGGUGGAUGUACUACAAGACCCAGCAGCUGUGGUAUUGGGUUCAUGUCCAGGUGAAGGGAAGGUUAGUUUGGUUGCCGCAUUCACUCCUGGAGUCGUGGAUUUAGGAGUACAGGCAGGGAAGUUCAUAGGACCUAUAGCUAAGUUGUGUGGUGGGGGAGGGGGUGGCAGGCCCAAUUUUGCUCAGGCAGGCGGGAGGAAACCUGAGAAUUUGUCAAGUGCCCUAGACAAAGCCCAAUCAGAGCUUGUCUCAAUCCUGACUGAGAAGGCAAGCUGACAUCUACGCUUAUUUGAUUGAAUUUCCCUGUGGAAAGUUUACACAAGCACAACUUUUGCUCCUCAAGGCCGCUGUGCAAUUCUUUGUUUACAACUGCUAAGGUUGUGCGUAUUUGCAUCUUUUCCUCACACAGAAAUGGCUGUAGAUUGUGACAAUACCCUUGGAGUAGGGGAAAGAAAGAUACACUAUAGCCUGUAUAGAUAUGCUUCAUUGGCUCCAAACA